AUGUCGGGUCACAAUCGUUUCCAGGGCUGCGGCUUGAACGGGCAAGCUGAACUUGCUCUGGAGUACUACUCUGCCCUGAGAGCUGAUAACACCAUUCAAGCUGAUGCUUGCACCUACACCUGCGUCCUUGUUGCUUGCGGGAGUGUGAUGGCGAUCAAGCUCGGGAGGGAGAUUCACCAGCUGGCGAAGCAUAAAGGGCUGCUGAAAAACAAUCCAGUUCUGGGCUCCAGCCUGGUGAGCUUCUACGGCAAAUGCGGCGAUGUUGAUUCUGCUCAGGAAGCGUUUGACGAGUGCCGAGCUCGGGACAACACGGGUCUCUGGAACUCUCUCAUACAGGCUUACACUCUCCAGGGCCGAUCGAUCGAGGCCUUGGAGCGUUUCUAUUCCAUGACUCAGGAGGAGGGCUGUAAAGCUGACGAUGUGAGUUUUGUCUCGGUGUUGAACGCUUGCAGCCAUGGUGGUCUGGUCGGGAAAGGAAGGCAGCUUCUGGAUGAAAUGCCCAAGCAGUAUGGAGUCAAGCCACGUCUGGAGCAUUAUGUGUGCCUGAUCGAUAUGCUCGGGCGAGCUAACCUCCUUGACGAAGCUGUGAGAGUUCUCAGAGCCAUGCCUUUUGAACCGGAUGCAGUGGUUUGGAGGUCCCUGCUCGGAGCCUGCCGGAAGUGGAAGAAUUACACAAUCGGCAAACUCGCGUUUGAGCGUCUUGUGGAGAUGGAUCCCAAGAGCGGCACGCCCUACGCAUUGAUGGCCAAUAUAUUUGGAAACCUGGGGAUGCUUAGUGAAAGGGCCGCUGUUGUGGAGAGAAUGAGAGGUGAAGGCAGCUUCAGGGAGCCCGGGAGAAGCUGGUGGACGGAUGUUAGCUCAGGAAAAGUGCAUUCUUUUUCUGUCGGGGAUAGGAGUCACUCACAGAGCGACGAGAUUGCGGCCAAGCUCAAGCAAUUGUUGCUGAGAAUGAAAGAGGAGGGGUACGCGAGCGAUGUGAUCAACGUUCUAAAAGACAUACCCGAGGAAGAGAAAGAGGAUCACCUGUGCGGCCACAGUGAGAAGCUUGCGCUGGGGUGUGCUCUGGUGAACUCGCACCAGAAGGAGACCAUCAGAAUUGUGAAAAAUCUCCGAGUUUGUGACGAUUGCCAUGCGGCCACUGCUCUCAUCUCUAAGCUGGAAAAAAGGCUAAUCAUCUGCAAAGAUGCCAGUCGGGUUCAUGUGUUCCAGGAUGGCAGAUGUUCCUGUGACAACUACUUUUGAAAACAUGUCAGUGCUCUUUCUUGCAGUUAUCCCUGGUUUUAACCCUCCAUGAGUCAAGCAGAAACAUGGGCCGCUGAGUGAGCAUGCCUCGUCAAAGUACCGCCGCCAACCUGAACUUCACGGAGAAAAAAAUAACAUUUAAAAGUUAAAACUAUGCAAAAGGAGGAUGACACGUUGUCUUAAAUUUAAAUUUCUUUUUGGUA